AUGAAUUCCGAUGCUGUGGUCUCAGAAGUCUUCACGACAGGGCAUGGCCUUUCAAGGACCGGAACCACGGGGACAAUGCGUGUGAGAUGCAGCUGGGAUAUCAGAGGAGUUGCUUUGCCCCUUGGAGAGAGUACCAGCAGCAUAGCUUUCGUUCGGCUUUCCGGCCAUCGAACAAGUUGGAUGAGCGCACAAUCUGCCAGCAGGAGGAGUGACUACCAGCGUAUUUCACACCCGGUGGUGCAGGGCGAAGGGGACACCGAGAAUGAAAUCCACGAUGAAACGCGGAGGAUAUUACUACCCCAGUCGAACACCGAGCAUGGAAACGACUGGGAGAUAAAUUAA